AUGGGUCUAUUUACCUACUUCAGCCUUUGUUUCCUUGGACUCCUGAUUGCCAAUCCUUUCUUGGAAGCUGAAGCUGACACCUGUGCCAGGGAGUGGCUGCAAAAUCAGGGUAACUGUUACGCAUAUUUUGAUCAUAAAUUGACCUGGCAAGAAGCUGAGAUUGAGUGCCAGAGCUAUGGCCGUGGAGCUCAUCUCGCCUCUAUCCUCACCAAAGCUGAGACUCUUCUGGUGGCUCAGCAUAUCUCCACUUAUCAACGGGACUUAAGCAAUGUCUGGAUUGGUCUUCAUGAUGUCCGCCAGACCGGAAGAUGGAGGUGGGCUGAUGAAUCAACUUAUAACUACAAGGCCUGGAUGAAAAGCCAGCCAGACAAUUAUGGUAAUGCUGAGCACUGUGUGGAGCUGAGACUUUCUACAGGUUUUAAAGAGUGGAACGAUUCCCCAUGCCAGAAACGGAAUGCCUACAUCUGCAAGCAUGAGCUAUAG